AUGGCCCCGACCGCGACUACCUUGCCAGCGUCGGCUACUGCCACCUCCAUAGCAUCUGCAACCUGUAUUAGCGUUGCUCCUGGAAAAGAUGGAUACCUUCCACCAGAGUCUUGCGAUGCCCUUCUCUACUAUAUUCCAUCUUUCGCGGCCGCCAUCUUAUUCUGUGUCCUAUAUGGGCUGACUACCAUCAUGCACACCGUCCAAGCAUUCAUCUACAAAAAGCCAUACGCCUGGGUAAUAAGCAUGGGUUCAGCCUGGGAGCUAGUAGCGUUUAUCUUUCGAGCCCUUCAAACACGGCACCAGAACAAUGAAAACUAUGCUACCAUUUUCACCAUCUUCUUCCUACUAGCACCGAUCUGGAUCAACGCCUUCAUAUACAUGACCCUCGGCCGCAUGAUUUACUUCUACCUCCCCCAACGCAAGCUAGCAGGCAUCUCCGCCCAACGCUACGGCAUAAUAUUCGUCACCCUGGACAUAAUCGCCUUCCUAGUCCAGCUGGCAGGUGCCUCACUAACAACCAAUACCGACACAGAAACAAAAACCGUCCUGCUAGGUUUGCACAUCUACAUGGGCGGCAUUGGCAUGCAGGAAUUCUUCAUCCUUUGCUUUUUGGGGUUAACGAUCCAAUUACAUGGAAUCAUACUUCGUAUGGAGAGAGAUGGGGUGCUCGGUUUGGAGAAGCUUCAGCAAGGUCCGUUUUCCUGGCGGUGGUUGUUCUAUUCGGUUUAUUUUGCGCUGGGGAUGAUCACUGUAAGCGUACUGGGAACUUUGUCUCUAUGUAUCAGACCGAAUUCUAACUUUCACUUUCUUUUGCAUAUUCGAAUCAUCUUUCGCAUUGGACAGUAUGCCCAGGGAACAUCGACCAAAAACCCGGUCCUCACGCAUGAGGAGUAUGAAUACGUGUUUGAUGCCGUGCCCAUGUUGUUCGGAUUGAUAGCCUUGAACAUAUUUCACCCCGGUCGCAUUCUUCAGGGGCCGGACUCGAGCUUCCCGAAGAAAAGUCGAGCGGAGAAGAAAGAGCUGAAGGCACAGAAAAAGGCAAUUAAAAUGGAGAAGAAGAUGGAGAAGAAGAGGCUGAAGCAGAAUGCUCGUUCGCCGAUCGAGUCGGAAAACGAGCAAUUCAAUGAGCCACUAGAUGAACGGGCUCAUGUGCCGGAGAACGCUGGUUCGGGGCGAUUCUACAAUGUCUGA